UGUCAUGUUGAUUGUUUACGCUUGGUGGUGCAAUUUGUUGUAACAAUCUGUAAAUUAAAUUAAAAUCCAUUUUCCAUACCAUGUCGGAACUUGUCGUGAAGAAUGUUGAUAAUGCCUGUGAGACAGCAGAAGAAUUCACCAGAGUAUUUUAUAAACAAGUGGAUAACAGUCGCCACCUAACCUCAAAAUUAUAUUUGGAAACGGGUCUAUUGGUUUGGAAUGGCAAUGGGAUCAAUGGCAGUGAUAAGAUACAAAAAUUUCUAAUGGAUUUACCGGCAAGCAACCACGUUUUGAAAACCUUAGAUGCUCAACCUAUAUCAGAAAGUUUGGUGUCGAACAAAUUGACCUACCUCAUCCAGGCGUGUGGCGACGUGACUUAUCAGAAUGAUGACAUCAAGAAACCAUUCCAGCAGACGUUCUUAAUCGUAGCAGUUGAUGGCAAAUGGAAGAUUGCGUCAGACUGUUUUAGACUACAAGUGCCGUACAGUUAACAAGGAACAGGAUGUUUGCUUAAUUGACUGAUAAACAAUAAGUUAUUGUUUUGGAACAAUAUCUGUGAAUUAUUUAAGAUAUAAAUUAAGAUUUACUGGUAAUACAAACAAUAUAUGUAUAAGCAAUCACAUUCAGUUUUACUUAUUGUAGUAGAGUUCGUAUAAUUGCAUUGUAUAAAAAGGAUUAUUAACACUAGAUUUUUAUUACUGUAGUGUGCUAUUAUGCUUGUAGUAGCUAUUGCAUUGUAUAAUUAAUACUUAGUACAUUAAACGACUCGUAAAGUAAA